AUGAGAGAGUAUAAGCUUGUGGUACUCGGCAGUGGAGGGGUCGGUAAAAGUGCCCUCACGGUCCAGUUUGUGCAAGGAAUUUUUGUUGAUAAAUAUGACCCAACGAUCGAAGACAGCUACAGGAAAAGUGUCGAAAUCGACUCACAACAAUGCAUUUUAGAAAUUCUUGAUACUGCCGGGACUGAACAAUUUACGGCCAUGCGUGAUCUUUACAUGAAAAACGGCCAGGCGUUCAUCCUGGUAUAUUCAAUAACAAACCCCGCGAGUUUCUCCGAUUUGAUAGAUUUGAAAGAUCACAUUACCAAAGUCAAAGACUCCGAUAACGUGCCCAUUGUUCUUGUUGGAAAUAAGUGCGACUUGGAAGAUGAAAGAGCAGUAGGCAAAGAAGAAGGCCAAAGGCUUGCCCGUCAUUGGGGUUGCACUUUCAUCGAAACAAGUGCUAAGUCCAGAAUCAACGUUUCAGAGGCAAGCUUAUUUUAUGAUGUUUUACCUUUUUCUGUCCUGAUGGCAAAGUACUGUUAG